AUGCGAGGGAGCCGGCUGCAUCCAUCAGCUGUGAUUUGUGUCCCUACGACCCCAGCUUCCCCCUACAACCCCAGCUUCCCCCGACAACCCCAGAUUCCACCCUACAACCCCAGCUUCCCCCUACAACCCCAGCUUCCUCCUACAACCCCAGCUUCCCCCAACAACCUCAGAUUCCACCCUACAACCCCAGCUUCCCACAACAACCCCAGAAUCCACCCUACAACCCCAGCUUCCCCCUACAACCCCAGAUUCCACCCUACAACCCCAGCUUCCCCCAACAACCCCAGAUUCCACCCUACAACCCCAGCUUCCCCCUACAACCCCAGAUUCCACCCUAUAACCCCAGCUUCCCCCUACAACCCCAGUACAACCCCAGAUUCCACCCUACAACCCCAGAUUCCCCCAACAACCCCAGAUUCCACCCUACAACCCCAGCUUCCCCCUACAACCCCAGAUUCCACCCAACAACCCCAGCUUCCCCAACAACCCCAGCUUCCACCUUACAACCCCAGAUUCCCCCCAACAUCCCCAGCAUCCCCCAACAACCCCAGAUUCCACCCUACAACCCCAGCUUCCCCUACAACCCCAGCUUCCCCCAACAACCCCAGAUUCCCCCACACCCCAGAUUCCACCCUACAACCCCAGCUUCCCCCUACAACCCCAGAUUCCCCCUACAACCCCAGAUUCCCCCUACAACCCCAGAUUCCUCCAACAACCCCAGAUUCCCCCUACAACCCCAGAUUCCCCCUACAACCCCAGAUUACAACCCCAGAUUCCUCCAACAACCCCAGAUUCCUCCAACAACCCCAGUUUCCCCCUACAACCCCAGAUUCCCCCAACAACCCCAGCUUCCACCCUACAACCCCAUCUUCCCCCAACAACCCCACCUUCCCCCUACAACCCCAGCUUCCCGAACAACCCCAGCUUCCCCUUACAACCCCGGCUUCCCCCUACAACCUCAGCUUCCCCAACAACCCCAGCUUCCUCCAACAACCCCAGCUUCCACCUUACAACCCCAGCUUCUCCCAACAACCCCAGCAUCCCCCAACAACCCCAGCUUUCCCCUACAACCCCAGCUUCCCCUACAACCCCAGCUUCCCCUACAACCCCAGAUUCCCCCUACAACCCCAGAUUCCACCCUACAACCCCAGCUUCCCCCUACAACCCCAGAUUCCCCUACAUCCCCAGAUUCCCCUACAACCCCAGCUUCCUCCAACAACCCCAGAUUCCCCCUACAACCCCAGAUUCCCCUACAACCCCAGAUUCCCCCUACAACCCCAGAUUCCCCCUACAACCCCAGCUUCCUCCAACAACCCCAGAUUCCCCCUACAACCCCAGAUUCCCCCUACAACCCCAGCUUCCUCCAACAACCCCAGAUUCGCCCUACAACCCCAGAUUCCCCCUACAACCCCAGAUUCCCCCUAUAACCCCAGAUUCCACCCUACAACCCCAGCUUACCCCUACAACCCCAGCUUCCCCCUACAACCCCAGCUUCCCCCUACAACCCCAGAUUCCCCCUAUAACCCCAGAUUCCCCCUACAACCCCAGAUUCCCCCUACAACCCCAGCUUCCCCCUACAACCCCAGAUUCCCCCUACAACCCCAGAUUCCUCCAACAACCCCAGCUUCCUCCAACAACCCCAGAUUCCCCCUACAACCCCAGAUUCCUCCAACAACCCCAGCUUCCUCCAACAACCCCAGAUUCCCCCUACAACCCCAGAUUCCUCCAACAACCCCAGCUUCCUCCAACAACCCCAGAUUCCACCCUACAACCCCAGCUUACCACUACAACCCCAGCUUCCCCUACAACCCCAAAUUCCCCCUACAACCCCAGAUUCCCCCUACAACCCCAGCUUCCCCCUACAACCCCAGCUUCCCCCUACAACCCCAGAUUCCCCCUACAACCCCAGAUUCCUCCAACAACCCCAGCUUACCCCUACAACCCCAGCUUCCCCUACAACCCCAAAUUCCCCCUACAACCCCAGAUUCCCCCUACAACCCCAGCUUCCCCCUACAACCCCAGCUUCCCCCUACAACCCCAGAUUCCCCCUACAACCCCAGAUUCCCCCUACAACCCCAGCUUCCCCCUACAACCCCAGAUUCCCCCUACAACCCCAGAUUCCCCUAUAACCCCAGAUUCCACCCUACAACCCCAGUUUACCCCUACAACCCCAGCUUACCCCUACAACCCCAGCUUCCCCCUACAACCCCAGAUUCCCCUACAACCCCAGAGUCCUCCAACAACCUCAGCUUCCUCCAACAACCCCAGAUUCCACCCUACAACCCCAGCUGA